GUGACACAGGAGUGUCCAUAGCCCGCCCAUAGCCCAUCGAUAGACGUGGCCGUCCUAUGCUGUGCUGCGUUCGCUUCGCUGGCGCAGUGUCCCGUGUGGAGCGAGAGAGGGCGAAGUUUACUUUGCCUGCAUUGCAGCCUGAGCGCUGCUGGAAUCGAACACAACAAUGGCGUCUCCCAGUUCCAACAGCAACUCAACAACCUCCAACAGCAACAUCGCAGGAUCCACCUCGCACCACCAUCACCCGCAAACACAACACAUGACCACCGUCAGCAGCAUGCAAGAAACCAACACGUGCUGGAGGUGUCAAAACGAAACAGGGUUUCAGAUAAGCCUGUCUGGAGUGCCCCAAAGUAAACGUAAAGCCCUGAAGCUGAACUUCGCCAACCCUCCAGUGAAGCCAGCUACCAGGUUGCCCCUCAACCCCUCCCCUUCAACUGCCCCCUCCUUCCAGAACCCACACAUAGAGCGUAUGAGGACACACAGUAUCGAGUCGUCGGGGAAGCUGAAGAUUUCUACGGAGAAUGCCUGUGACUUCACGGCCGAGGACCUGAGGGACCUGGGGGAGAUCGGCCGUGGGGCCUACGGCUCCGUCAACAAGAUGCAGCACAAACCCAGCGGACAGAUCAUGGCCGUCAAGAGGAUCCGCUCCACGGUGGAUGAGAAGGAGCAGAAGCAGCUGCUGAUGGAUCUAGACGUGGUGAUGAGGAGUAGUGACUGUCUCUAUAUCGUCCAGUUCUACGGAGCUCUCUUCAGAGAGGGCGACUGUUGGAUAUGUAUGGAACUAAUGUCUACCUCAUUCGACAAAUUCUACAAAUAUGUAUAUUGUUCGUUAGAUGACGUCAUUCCAGAGGAAAUAUUAGGCAAAAUUACAUUAGCAACCGUUAAAGCACUGAACCACUUAAAAGAAAACUUGAAAAUAAUUCACAGAGACAUCAAACCUUCCAACAUUCUCAUGGAUCGUAACGGCAACAUCAAGCUGUGUGACUUUGGCAUCAGCGGUCAGCUGGUGGACUCAAUAGCCAAGACCAGAGACGCAGGCUGCAGGCCCUACAUGGCGCCGGAGAGGAUAGACCCCAGUGCUUCCAGACAAGGCUACGACGUCCGAUCUGACGUGUGGAGUCUGGGGAUAACCCUGUAUGAGCUUGCCACCGGCAGGUUCCCGUACCCUAAGUGGAAUAGUGUGUUUGACCAGCUGACCCAGGUGGUGAAGGGUGAGCCGCCCCAGCUCUGCAACUCUGAAGACAGGCAGUUCUCCCCCAAGUUCAUCAACUUUGUCAACUUAUGCCUUACAAAGGAUGAGUCAAAACGGCCAAAGUACAAGGAGCUCCUGAAACACCCGUUCAUCCUGAUGUACGAAGAGAGGUUUGUGGAUGUGGCUAGCUACGUGUGUCGCAUCCUGGACCAGAUCCCAGCCUCCCCCAUCUCCCCCAUGUAUGUGGACUGACGGGGGGGGGCACACCUUACACCGCGACACACAUGCCGGGGGGAAACAGUACACCGUGACACACGACGCAUGACAUCUUAGCCCUCAGAUGCACAGAGUUACUAUAGUAUCAGCUGUUUGUUUCCAUCUUCCAAAGAACACGAGAACAAUUCCAUAUAAAAAAUUAAUCGCCCUGUGCAAUACGAUAAUACACACUCACUCAUGCUUGUUCAAUGUCAAUUAAAAUAUCUAGAUUAUCCUCCCAUCUUCAGACAGCUAAACUUGAAGACAUUCAAUUGGCUCAACGUAUAUACAAUGUUCAUAUUUUUUGUGCUAGAAAAAUGGGUUAUAGUACAUAUACUGUAUGUGUAUAUGUACAGUGUGUGUGUAUGUGUGUGUAUAUAUUUAUAUUUACGCGCACAUAUACAUACACUUGAAAAUAGAUGUAAACAAAUACAGAAGUUACCAAAUAAACAUGUUGUUGGAAAGUGAUGCUCAUGACAUUAUGAACAAAAUAGUAUUCUAUUUGAAUUGUACAUUGUGGACUGUUUGUGUGCUCACUUCUAUGUCGUCAGAAAAUGUACAGAUGUAUGCAGACAGACUUGUCUAAGCGUGACACUCGUAUCACACAGUAUGUUAUGGGCACCUAUACUCAUUGUAAAUGAAUGGGUCUGAUGAUGCAAAAGUGUGAAACCCAAAUCGAUGGUGUUAAUGUGGCUUUAUUUUCUUAAUAUGCAAUUUACAGUAUGACUGUUUUCUGUCUCAUCGCAUAAUUCACGUUAAAAAAAAACAUCUAAAUGUUGUUCACUCUGCAAAAUGAAAAAUGUACAGUAGGAUUGUAAGACUCCACAAUUGUAUAUCUGUAUGUAUAUGUACAUCUCAAAACAGUCUGCUAUUAUACACCGGUUCUCUUCAGUAGUUAGUAGCGCGGAUGCACACGGCAAAGCCUGCUCAAGCAGUUAGAGUACAUCAUUCUCAACCUGCCACUACUAAGUGGAGCAACUUACAACCAGUCGCCAUGGUCCGAUCUGCAUGGCCACUAGCUAUUAAACCUCUCACUUUGCAGGGCGUCACGUUGAACAUGUCAUAUAUACAUUGAUUGCUUGACCAGGCCCGUGCUGUAUCGGUCUGUGGAAAAUAGUUCCUAACUCCCGCCUCGACAGUCACGUUAUACUAUAGCACUGUACAGUUCAUCUGCCCAUCCCUCCUGAUCAAAGAGCUGUAAGAGUUCAGUAAUAGAUCAGUCAGCAUGUUCUUCAGUGGCUCGGGCUGCUCGGAAUGAUACUCGAGCCUCGCACUAGAUGGAAUGUUCUGUUUCCCUCACUAACCCUUAGGCAUCACGUAGGGCGGAUCUCAAUAGUGUACUCUUUCUUUCGCUCAGAAAUCCACAUUCAGUGUAUAAUAAUGUAGCGAAGCAAAACGAACACACGAUGGAGUUAGCUAGUGAACCAAACUGUUGUGUGUAUGUGGCGUUGAGGAGGGAUGACACGGCAGGCGUUCAGCAUCGGCAUGUCAGCCGUGUUAAAUGACAACCAACCUGGGUUGUGCUUCACUAAGCACAGUCAAUGUGUUUGCCAGAUAACUUCGAUAAACUUUCAGAUGUAACUCCCAGGUUACUGUAUGUGAUAUCUUUAAGAACUAGAAAACGACAGUUGUUCCUGAAUGUUUAGGAAAGGUAGCUGGCUAUCUCAUUGAUUGUGCUUCAUGAAAUGCCCCCUUGGAAUUAUGUCAGGGGUCAGUACAGAAAUGUUGCUUACAUAUGCAACUGAUUCAGGAGCGUGGAACAUUACAGAACAUUCCGAUAGAAAAGUACUACAUAGACCUGACCUGAUUCCCUGUUAUGUGACGUAUGGAAUCGAGUUGGCUCUAUUCAUUCCAUUUCUAUCUGCAUUGUUCCAAAUGUUGCAUCCCUCUGGAAAAGCAUAUGCUCUUAUCAACUAAAGUUUGGGUGAGAAGAUUUUAUUGAUGGUGCACCGAUGUGUUCUAUGGAUGUGGAACACUUAUGGUUACCUGGUGAAUAUAUUAUCUUAUGGAGGGGUACAUGUUGUAUAAAUUGCAAUUUAUUAGAAUGUUGAUAUUAGAUUAUAAGAUGAUAAAUGGCAAUGAGUAUUAUAUUGUAUCUUUAUCAAGGGUUAAAAAAAUGAAUAAAGUUCACAUUGAGAAAAUACAAACGCUGUAUUGAGAAACUGGGUGAUCUGUCUGUCAUCAUAGAUAAAGGUACAACAUAGAAACGUU